UGGUGAUACCCCGAGAAGCUCGAGCAAUGUCUUUCAUGUUAUUUCGACGAAUGAUCUCGCCCUGUCCCUGCCUCAGCCCUGCCUCAGCAGGCUGCACUCUGGACUUUCUUUUGCCUGCUUGUGGCAGUGCAAUCUGCAUAUAGCUGAAAAGAUUCCGCGAUAAUGAAACUGCGUUUUCAAACCUUGCGAUUUUCUUAUAGUCAUGAGCUUACCAAACAACGCCUUAAACGGUCAUGUCACUGUGACCAAGGAGUUGGCUGAAUAUUACGACAGAUCGAUGGAUGACUUCACGGAUAUAAAGGAUGUAACCUACAUCGAAAUAACAUCACACAAUAAUACCAAUGCUGUUUUAAACGAAGUGCCACCGCCUGUCGACAUUGGGGACUGGUUCAACUCUGGUAAUCAAACGGGAGCCCAUCGGCCCGAUCAAACUCAUCCCAAAUCGCUCAGAAUGCUCCGACUGUUAAUAUGUCCAAUGAAUAGCGACAUCGUCCCAUCCCACCCCUUUCAAAGUACAGCUUUUCGGUCUCUAGCUGCAGUGCUAAGACUGGAAGAGGACUAUCUUCAAUCUGAAACGCUUCAGACGCCUCCAAUAGCAUUCGAAGUGCCACUAGAGGACUCUCACUUUGGCUUCGUAAUGAAAGCACCAAAAUGGGAUGAUGAUGCAACUGACUUUAGUUUAUCAUGCGUUUUCGACUCAGAUACUAUGUGCAGCGGCUGCAUUCUACGGAUAUUGACCAAAGAAGACCUACAUGUAUUCAAGAGACGGCUCAGUGAAAUGGUGGAAUUUGCGUGGUACCCGUACUUUCUCCCAAUGAUCCUCACUGAGAUGCGGCUCCAACACCUGCCUGGUCGCAUGCGAAGGAUUCGUCGUUUUCUCUACCGAGUUGAAAAGACAACUGGCACCCAUCAAAACUAUCGGCAGCGGCUGGGCUUGACUACUGUAAAGGGAAAAAGUGUUUCUGAGACGUGGAAUGAUCCCGACUUCGAAGCUGCUCCUGGAGAGUUGACAUCCAUCGCCUCGGACUGCGCAUAUUACGAGUCCCACUGUCGGACCCGCCAAAACUUUCUCGCAUUCAUUAACUCAAUGCACGAAAAGCUAGUAAGUGCGAGGGCUGUUCCGUCGCAAGAGUUGGCGAUCAGGAUGUUUGGGCAGAAGAUGCAGUUUAUGAAAAUGUGGGCGACGGCAGUCGAGAAUAGGAGUGCAUACCUAGGGAAGCGGGCAGAGAUUCAACUACAAAUGUGCAACAGCCUCAUGUCCCAACGUGACAAUGCUCUGAACAAGAAAACAGCAGAGACAUCUCUCACUAUCAGCCGCUUUAGUCAGAUGGACAGCACCAAUAUGCGCACAAUAGCAGCUGUAACUCUUGCUUUCCUGCCAGGUACCUUUAUAGCUACACUUUUUAGCACAGGCUUCUUCAGCUUCAGUGGAGAAGGCCAAGUUGUGUCGCACUGGUUCUGGUUAUAUUGGGUAUGUACUAUCGUGCUAACACUCGCUGUCUAUGUUAGUUGGUAUAUAAGCACACGGCGGAAGCGUCGGGAAAGAUCUACGCGAGUUGGGAUAAUGGACUAGUUUUAUGCGAUCUUGCAAGAAGAAUCUUGACUUCCU